AUGCGUUCGGCUGCGGUCGCCGGCUUGUGCCGGCUCUCGACCAAUCGCGUGGUGCUGUUCGUUUUAUGCCCAUAUAAGGUAAUGCCGCGCGACCGGCGGAAAGUGGCGGGGAAUCGGGCGAGUCCAUUAUUCGGCGGCGGGGUAAGGCACCGCGUUCGGUUUGUGGUAUGCGCGACGCGUUCCCCUUCUACCGGCCUGCGCCGGCACCGACCCCGCGGAACGGCCGUGAUGGACUCGCCCGGCAGGAUGCACACCGGCCCCGGACCGCUCGGCGCUCGUCCAUUUCACGAAAACUACCGUAACCGUUCUGCACUUCUGCCGCCGAACCGCGAAUUCGAAGUUCACGCCAGCUCCGCACGCCAACAACUCUCCACGGUCGUCGAUUCGUCUCGUUUCCAUCAGGUAAAUAUACUAUUAUUAUUAUUGAGAUUUUUGUAA